CGCAGAAACAGAUGUGCGCGCCCCCGGCUUUACUUUGCACGCAUGCGCCCGUAGCAGUCGAUCCUGACAUCUCCACUUCCGUUCUUAUCCAGGAUUGACCUGUGGUUCUGCUAGCAUGGGCAAUACGCAGAGAAGAUUUGCUGUUGCUUUCCGACUCGAAAUGCCUGGCUAAACAGUAAACUAACAUUUUAAUAGCUGGGAAUCUCCUGAUCCGGAUUAAAUCCUUACUGCAGAGGAGAGUUGGACAUCCACCAGUGGCCAGCAACCCGGCUAGUUCAACAACGGGCGGGACACAGUCACAAGAUUUCGGCACUGUCGGCGGUGGGCCACCAGCUGAGCUGAUUAUUAUGGACGUCCUUCAAGAUAACAAGGAGGUUUCUGACAAUGAGGCUGAAGAGGUGGAAGUAGUUCAUAUAAAACAGGAAGGCACUGAUCAGCUGUUCUGCACGACCCUCCAGAGGGCAGUACACCGUAUCCUUUCUACAGGAGAAGCUGUCAUUAAGCAGAACUUCUAUCACAGUAGUAAAGAAAUUACCACCGUGGACUUGACCCGACAUGCAGAUGUCGAACCACAGAGGAAAUUAGCCCCCGUUAAACAAGAGGAUUGUGGACAGGAGCCCAUCUGUGUUGAAAAUGAGCCUGGUGAAUGGAAACUUGUUGCCAUUAAGGAAGAAAUCACUGAACUGACUUCAAGUCUUAUAAAGGAGGAGAUGAGUGAAUUGGAAUAUGGUCCCCCUAAAGAGGAAAUUGGUGGGGUGAGAAUUAACCGAUCCACAAAAGGCAUGUCAGAGUGGACGCCUGUGAGAAUUAAAGAGGAAGCCCUAGAGACUGAAGUCUCCUCUUUAUGUAGCACACCAGAGCCUUCUGACAAUGUAAAUCUAGAAAAUGGAAAUGAUCCUGUUUAUGUCCAGCCUCAGACUAGUCAAGCCCCACAAACCAAACGGACAAAAAAGAAGAGGCGAGUCAUUGAGGAUGAGAAGCACCAUUGUGCUGAAUGUGGUAAACAUUUCACAAAGAAGACUGGCUUAAGGAUCCACCAGAGAAUUCAUACUGGGGAGAAGCCAUAUCAGUGCACUGAGUGUGGGAUGAGCUUUAGUGGCUUAGCCAAACUCAAAAGACACCAAGCAACCCACACUGGACAGAAACCACACCUUUGUUCUGAAUGUGGGAAAGGGUUCAUCACUUUGACAGAACUCAGAACUCACAGGCGGAUUCACUCAGAGUCAAGGCCAUUUAUUUGCAUGAAAUGUGGAAAGACUUUCAGUCGAGUGACUGCUCUGAGACUCCAUCAGAUAAUUCACACCGGAAACAAUACAAAUAGUUACAUUAAUUGUGAGGAACCCGAGGUUAGUGUAGAAUUUCUUCAGAAACACCAGACAGAGCAAAUGAAAGAGAGAGCGCAUGUCUGCUCCUGAAUGUGGAAGAGGCUUCUUUACCGCAGCAGAACUGCGAUCGCACCACAGAAUUCACACAGAGCAGAGGCCACACAUCUGUCCUGAAUGUGGAAAAGGCUUCUUCACUUCAUCGGAAAUCAAGCGGCACCAGAGAGUCCACACGGGCGAGAAGCCAAAUGUCUGCUCAGAAUGUGGGAAGGGUUUCUUCACUUCGUCAGAACUUAAGAGACAUUUGAGGAUUCACACAGAGGAGAAGCCACACAUCUGUCCCGCCUGUGGGAAGGGAUUUAUAGGUUUACCUCAUUUGAUGUCACACUUGAGAAUCCAUACCGGAGAAAGGCCACACCUCUGCCCCAACUGUCCUAAGGGAUUUGGAACAGCAGCAGAGCUGAAGAGGCAUCAGAAAUUCCAUACUGGGGAGAAACCAUUUGUUUGUCCUGAAUGUGGGAAGGGCUUCAUUACUUCAACAGAUCUCAGAACGCACCAACGGGUCCACACAGGUGAGAGACCAUAUGUUUGUACUGAGUGCGGAAAGACGUUCCAUCGUAUCUCCAACUUCAAAGCACAUCAGAGGACACAUGCCGAGGAAAAGACAUAUGGCUGCACCGAAUGUGGUAAAACAUUCACUACUUUAUUAUAUCUUAAGCGCCACAAAAGGAUCCACACAGGUGAGAAGCCACAUGUGUGUCCCGAGUGUGGAAAGGGCUUCAUAACCUCCUCGGAACUUAAAACUCACCGACGUGUCCACACAGGGGAGAAGCCCUACAAAUGUACCGAUUGUGAUAAGAACUUCAGCCAGAUCAACAACUUGAAGAUACACCAGAGGACUCACACUGGUGAGAAGCCAUAUUUGUGCCCACAGUGUGGGAAAGAUUUCAUAAGUUUGGCCCAGUUCCAGUCGCACCUCAAAACACACUCUGGGGAAAAGCCCUACAUGUGUUCCGAGUGUCCAAAGAGAUUCAGCAAAGCUGCUGGCCUGAGAAGACACCAGAAAGUCCACAGCGGAGAGAGGCCUCAUCUCUGUGCUGACUGUGGUAAGGGCUUUUUUAAUCUGUCAGAUCUGAGAAGACAUCAGAGGAUUCACACUGGGGAGAAACCACACACGUGUUUGGAGUGUGGGAAGACUUUUGUCAUUUUGGAGCACCUCAGGAAACACAAGAGAAUCCACUCAGGUGAGAAGCCGCAUGUCUGUCCUGCAUGUGGGAAAGGAUUCAUUACAUCGUCGGAGCUAAAGGUGCACCAUCGUAUUCAUACUGGAGAGAAGCCACACCUCUGUCCUGACUGUGGGAAAGGGUUCAUUAGUUCCUCAGAAUUAAACCGACACCGGAAACUUCAUGGGAAAGAGAAACUUCAUGGGUGCCCAGAGUGUGGCAGAACCUUCAUCGUUUUAGAAUAUUUGAAAAAGCAUCAGCGGAUUCACCGAGGUGAAAGAAGGCACCCUCUAAAGGGAAAAAGCACAACAUCAAGCUUGUGAAACACCAGCAACUGAUAAUUAGGUGACUGAUUUUAGAAUGUACUGAAAUAUCGAUAAGGCCUAGCAUUAUCCAUGUUGGGUCAAACUAACUUAACCAUAAUCAAAAGUCCCAAAACAGUGAGCUAUUGGUUGUAUUUUGCCAGUUUUCACCUGGUGCAUAAAGGUGCUCUUGGCAUGAUU